AUGUCCGGGUCGCGCAUGCGCAGCUCCGCCGACGAGGGGAUCGUCUGGCGGACUCCCCCGGAGCUGCGACUGCGAAGGUCCGCGGAGGCGACACCUGGCGGGCCCACGGUCGGCCCCCAGGCGCCGUCAUCGCCCGUGUUGGAUGUCGGGGUGCUGGAACCUGUUCCUCCUGAGAGCCCCGACGACCCUCUGACCUUCCCGCGCUUCCAGGCGGCCUCCCGCGCCUCUAAAUCACGCGGACCUUCCCUCUCCCACCGCGGCCACGCGCGCGCCCACUGCCGCGAAGCGAAGAGAAAAGAAGCGAAUAGAAGAGUAGCGAAGCGCCGCAUCAGAAGAGGCGUAAGACUGUCGCCAAUGCAACAGGAGUCUCGUUUCACGAUACUGCCUCUGGUGGACUACCAGCCCGUCCGCACUACUCUGGUGGACUACCAGCCCGUUCGCACUGCUCUGGUGGACUACCAGCCCGUCCGCACUACUCUGGUGGACUACCAGCCCGUCCGCACAGCUCUGGUGGACUACCAGCCCGUCCGCACUGCUCUGGUGGACUACCAGCCCGUCCGCACAGCUCUGGUGGACUACCAGCCCGUCCGCACUGCUCUGGUGGACUACCAGCCCGUCCGCACUGCUCUGGUGGACUACCAGCCCGUCCGCACUGCUCUGGUGGACUACCAGCCCGUCCGCACUGCUCUGGUGGACUACCAGCCCGUCCGCACUGCUCUGGUGGACUACCAGCCCGUCCGCACUGCUCUGGUGGACUACCAGCCCGUCCACACUGCUCUGGUGGACUACCAGCCCGUUCGCACUGCUCUGGUGGACUACCAGCCCGUCCGCACUACUCUGGUGGACUACCAGCCCGUUCGCACUGCUCUGGUGGACUACCAGCCCGUCCGCACUGCUCUGGUGGACUACCAGCCCGUCCGCACUGCUCUGGUGGACUACCAGCCCGUCCGCACUGCUCUGGUGGACUACCAGCCCGUCCGCACUGCUCUGGUGGACUACCAGCCCGUCCGCACUGCUCUGGUGGACUACCAGCCCGUCCGCACUGCUCUUGUGGACUACCAGCCCGUCCGCACUGCUCUGGUGGACUACCAGCCCGUCCGCACUGCUCUGGUGGACUACCAGCCCGUCCGCACUGCUCUGGUGGACUACCAGCCCGUCCGCACUGCUCUGGUGGACUACCAGCCCGUCCGCACUGCUCUGGUGGACUACCAGCCCGUCCGCACUGCUCUGGUGGACUACCAGCCCGUCCGCACUGCUCUGGUGGACUACCAGCCCGUCCGCACUGCUCUGGUGGACUACCAGCCCGUCCGCACUACUCUGGUGGACUACCAGCCCGUCCGCAAUGCUCUGGUGGACUACCAGCCCGUCCGCACUACUCUGGUGGACUACCAGCCCGUCCGCACUACUCUGGUGGACUACCAGCCCGUCCGCACUGCUCUGGUGGACUACCAGCCCGUCCGCACUGCUCUGGUGGACUACCAGCCCGUCCGCACUGCUCUGGUGGACUACCAGCCCGUCCGCACUGCUCUGGUGGACUACCGCGGCAAGUGA